AUGUUGCGGAUUCAGAUGAUGACUUCUGGCCAAGAGGUGGCUUGCUUGGAGCCGGAGGAGUUGCUGAGCGUCGCUGGCGACACUGCUGUGGGCCACGUCCGCGCCCUCAAGCUCCAUCUCCAACGGCUCUGUGGACAUUCCCGGUUUCGACAACGGCUCCUGCAAGAAGAUCAGCACAUUUUGGCCGACGACGCGGCGCUGGAAGCACCUUGCCUUUUGCACCUGGUGAUUUUGGACUUUGCCGAGACGUCUGGCGAUGAUAUUGACAGGCUGCUCCAUGCGGUGGAAGCAGACGAGACAACACAACUAGAAGCAAUCUUGCAGAGACCCCAAGAUCCAAACUUAUCGGCGCAACACAACAUGACAGCCUUACAUGUUGCAGCGAGAUCUGGCCACAAAGUCGCCGCAGGUUUGCUGCUCGAAUCUGGCGCAGGAAUCGACCAGACUGAUGGCCGUGGAGCCACGCCACUUUUCACCGCAGCUCAGGGAGGGCACUUGGAAGUGGCGCGCUUGUUCCUGGAGUUUGGUGCGGACAAGGACUUGGCCACAGCAAGCGGAGCGACGCCACUUCUGAUCGCAGCUCUGCACGGACACUUGGAAGUGGCACGUGUAUUGCUGGAGUUUGGUGCGAACAAGGACCUGGCCCGUACAGAUGGAGCCACGCCACUUUUCUUCGCAGCUCAAAGCGGUCACUUGGAAGUGGCGCGUUUGUUGUUGGACUCUGGUGCGGACAAGGACCUGCCCAAAACAAGCGGAGCCGCGCCACUUUUCGUCGCAGCUCAGGAAGGCCACUUGGAAGUGGCACGCUUGUUGUUAGAGUCUGGUGCGGACAAGGACUUGGCCAAAACAAGUGGAGCUACGCCACUGUUCAUCGCAGCUGAGAGGGGCCACUUGGAAGUGGCACGUUUGUUGCUGGAGUUUGGUGCCGACACGACCCUGGCCAGCGCAAGUGGAGCCACGCCACUUUUCGUCGCAGCUCAAAACGGCCACUUGGCAGUGGCGCGUUUGUUGUUGGAGUUUGGUGCGGACAAGGACCUGGCCAAGGGAGACGGAGCCACGCCACUUUUAGUCGCAGCUCAGAAUGGCCACUUGGAAGUCACGCGCUUGUUGUUAGCGUCUGGUGCGGACAAGGACCUGGCGAUGCCAAGUGGAGCCACGCCACUUUCCAUCGCAACUCGGAACGGCCACCUGGAGCUGGCACGGUUGUUGCGGGAGUUGGGUGCUGACACUGACAUGGCCAAAGGAGAUUGA